AUGGUUAAGGAGACUAAAUUUUACGACGCUCUGGGUGUCUCCCCAGAUGCUUCUGUGGAUGACAUAAAGAGGGCCUACAGAAAGCUCGCUUUGAAGUACCAUCCUGAUAAGAACAAGGAACCUGGUUCGCAGGAGAAGUUUAAGGAAGUUUCUGUGGCUUAUGAAUGCCUUUCAGACCCUGACAAGCGCAGUCGGUAUGACAAGUUUGGUGAGAAGGGAGUUGACAUGGAAAGUGGAGGAAUUGACCCCACCGACAUCUUUGCAAGUUUCUUUGGUGGGAGUCGUGCCCGUGGCGAGCCAAAACCCAAAGACAUUGUUCAUGAGCUGCCUGUCCCGCUUGAAGCGUUCUACACAGGGAAGACAAUCAAGUUGGCUAUCACCCGUGAUCGCUUGUGUGCUGUGUGUAACGGUUCCGGAUCCAGGUUGCCGAAUGCCAGUGUCACGUGCAAAGACUGUGACGGUCGGGGUAUCAAACUUGUCACGCGUUCGAUUGGUCCCGGGUUCAUUCAACAAAUGCAAGUGACAUGUCCUAGAUGCCGUGGAAAGGGCACCGAUAUCAAGGAUGAGGACAGAUGUGACGCUUGCAAAGGUCAGCAGAUUAAGAAGGAGAAGAAGAUAUUUGAAAUUGUUGUUGAUAAGGGCAUGCAUCGUGGGGACAAUGUGACGUUUCGAGGCGAAGGUGACCAGAUACCAGGUGUCCGUCUCUCAGGGGAUAUCAUUAUCAUUCUGGACCAAAAACCACAUCCUGUUUUCACCCGUAAAGGUGAUCAUCUCGUUAUGGAGCGUACCAUCUCCUUGGCAGAGGCGCUCACUGGAUUCACGAUGAACAUAAAACACCUCGACGACCGUGAUGUUUCUAUUACAUCCACUGGCGUUGUUGACCCCUCCAGGCUCUGGUGUGUGAGCAGGGAGGGUAUGCCCGUUCCCAACACUGGUGGUAUCGAGCGCGGAGAUCUUGUGGUACAGUUUCACGUCGUUUACCCAACGACGCAGAGUCUGCGCCCCGAUGCCGUCUCCAAGCUGCGCGAGAUUCUUCACUACCCUCCACAGCAAUCUCCCUCAGCUUCUGCCAUGGUGUGUCACUUGUCGGAAACAAACAUUGAUCUCGAAAAGGAAGCUAAGCGCCGUCGACAGAGAAGUGAUGAUGAUGAUGAUGAAAUCCCACAAGGGCAUGCUGGAACGACGUGCACACCACAAUAA